AUGGUUUCCCUCAUCAACAUCGUCCGCGACAAGUUCCUCGAGGCCAUCCGCUCUGUGAACCCACCCUCGAGAUGGAAGAUUCUGGUCGUGGACGACCAUUCGCAGAAGCUAAUUGGCGCCGUCUUGAAGCAUUUCGAUAUUCUGCAGGAAAAUGUAACCUUGAUCGAGUCCAUCUCCAACCAUCGAGAGCCUCAGCCUGAAUUCGAGGCCAUGUACCUCCUCAUGCCGACACGACAGAACGUGGAACGAAUCAUCAGGGACUAUAGCGGAAGGCUACAGUACGGCGGCGCACAUCUGUUCUUCAUCGAAGGGUUGUCCGAAGAGCUGUUCCAGCGAUUGACGUCCUCACCUGCUGAACCCUAUCUCCGGGCUUUGAAGGAACUGUUCCUUAAUUUCUGGGCUACGGAAGCUCAAGCAUUCUCGCUACAAGAACCCGGUCUCUUCUUCAGUAUCUACAGCCCGCCGAGGACUGAAGCUGCAUUCAAACCCGCUCGGGAUCGCCUCGAAGAAGACCUCCAGUUCACAAGUAAAGUGAUCGCCAACUGCUGCAUCACGCUGAAUGAGUACCCAUACAUCCGAUACUAUAUGCCCUCGAACCAUCCGCCACUUGGGCCUUUGAAGCCUAAUGCCCAGACUCGAGCGCCCCCGCCUUCGGAAGGGUCAUCGAGAUGGCGUACCAGCCUUGCACGGGGAUCGGAUGCCAGGGCUCAUGAGGCUGCGGAUACCGAAUACGUUACGAGGCUAUUGGCUUUCAUGGUGGAGCAGAAUCUGGAAGAGCAUAAAAAGCUGAAUCCGGAUUUCGGGAAAUCAGAGCAAGGAAGGCCUAGAGGUGUCCUCAUCAUUACGGACAGGUCUAUGGAUAUGAUUGCGCCCUUUGUCCACGAAUUCACAUAUCAAGCUAUGGCACACGACUUGUUGCCCAUCCAUGAUAACAAAUACACGUAUAAAUUCCAGUCCGCUAUUGGCGCCUAUGAAGACAAAACAGCAACUCUAUCCGACGCCGAUAAUGUCUGGACUGAGGUCCGACAUAUGCACAUGAGAGAGGCUAUUGAUAAACUCAUGGCCGACUUCAACAAGUUCUUGACGGACAAUGCGGUCUUCAAAGGAGAAGGCGCUGCCAAUCUUAACGACAUGAAGGAGAUGCUUGCCAAUCUUCCUCAGUAUCAAGAACAGCGAGAGAAGUUCUCUCUGCACUUGAAUAUGGCGCAGGAGUGUAUGGCGAAAUUUGAGAAUGACAAGCUGCCGCCGAUCGCCAACGUCGAACAGUGCUGCUCGACCGGGCUCAACGCUCAGGGCAAGUCACCGAAAGGCUUGGUUGAAGAGAUGGUUCCUUUGCUAGAUAGCAGAGACGUCAGCAACAUCAACAAAGUUCGAAUCAUUUCCCUUUACAUUCAAUACAGAGAUGGUGUUCCAGACGAGGAUCGUCGACGUCUGUACCAACACGCCCGUCUGAGUUUGGCAGAACAAGAUGCUGUCAACGCGCUUGCUCACCUUGGCGUCCGAUUGAGCAGGGGCCCUAACGAUAAAGACCGCAAGAAGAUCAAGCAGAAGCCGACUAGAGAUGACGAAUAUGAACUUUCUCGAUUCAAGCCCGCUAUUCGCGCUGUUCUAGAGGACCAAGUGGCAGAGAAGCUCGAGACCUCCAUGUUCCCUUACGUGAGGGAUGCGCCAUCCCAAGUCAAUCUCCAAACGAGUUUGCGCUCUCCACCACCACAAACCACUUCUUUGCGCAGUCAGAAACCUGCCUGGCAUCGCGCCCCCAAACAAAGCGCGAUUUCGAACAACAAGCAGAGGAUCAUUGUUUUCGUUGCCGGCGGUGUGACCUACUCGGAGAUGAGGGAAGCGUAUCAGCUUUCAAGCAGCUUGAAUAAGGAUAUCAUCAUUGGUUCUACUCAUACCAUCACACCGAACGGCAUGGUGGAUGAUCUGAAAGUGCUCGACCUCCAGGGUGCAGGUUCGCGCGCCCUUCCCAACGGUCUUAGAGAUCGCAGAGAUGGACCUCGCCCAUUCCAAGACUUCUAUGACGAGAAAUACUUCACCAAAGACCCGCCGCCACCAGUGCGGCCUGCUCCUGCUCCUGCUCCGGCACGGCAACAGGUUCCCACCAAGAUUAUCCAGCCUUCGCCAACCAAUUCAUACCAAGGGUCGGUGAACUCUGUGAACGCCCCGCCUGAGAAGAAGAAGAAGCGCAAUUUCUUUGGCUUCUGA